UGACUGUGAGAUCAUACAAUAUUCCAUCAACGAAUCUUGAAGAGAUCAGUUCAAGCAGCUGGGCUGCAAAAUUAGAAGACCCGAAACGACCUACAAGUGUGGAAAGCCGAGGUCUAAGAGGAAGACCCAACCGUGGUUUUGAUUAUAGGGAUAACAAAGGCCUCGAUGAAAGACUUGGUGUCCCUAUUGUAGAAAAGGAAACUAUGACGUUAGAACAAAUCGUGGAAGUCCAGGAAAUGGUUGAUGAAACCAUAAGAGACCAUAGUCUUUAUGACCCACAAGCCCUAGAAUAUUUUUUUAAAAUAUUAACAGAUGUUAGCCAGGAUAACAACCCUGAUGGCAACGACGAAGGAGAAGAUAAUAUUGUGCACCUGCCCUCGUAUAUCCAAUUGAAUCCACCUCUAGUACCUUCUGUAGUCCCUGUCCCGAAAGUUCUCCCAAAGUCUCGACAACCAAGAUCUACUGUAACUGAAGUAUUCGACGCCUACUACGACAAAUCUGCAGAAGAACCCCUUGAAAGUAUUGUCUUCGGCUCUAAAGAAGAAGAACGAGAAACCGAAUUGGAAGUUCUUCUUCAAAAGCUUGUUGCCGAAUAUGAAGCUGCGACAAAGAAAGAAGCUGAAGAAAAAAAUAACGACUUACCCGACGAUUGCAUAAAGGUUGCUAGAAUAGGAGGCGCCGAAGAAACAUACCCAGUUGGACCUUACUGCGAAGAAGUUGGAGUUAAGAAGGUUAAAGAAAAGAAAGAAAUCAAAAUCGAAAAAGAAGAGGCUGGAGUUGAAAAGGAUGAAGAAAAAGAAGUUGAAGUUAAAAAAGAAGAAAAGGAAGAAACUAAAGAAGAAAAAAGUGAAAAGUAUGAGGAAAACGUACCUGUGAGAAUCGAAAAAAUCGUAGGUGAAACCGAAGAUGAAGACGACGACAACGAAGCUAAUGAAGAUAACGAUGACAACGAUGAGAUGAUUGUAGACGAAGAAGACAAUGAAAAGAAAGAAGACGUAGAAGAACUUACCAAAAAAAGUAAAGACCUGGAUUAU